UAGAUGUUUAAUUUUUUUGACAUAAUUAAAACUAUUCAAUAUCCUGUUAAAGUUUUAUAAAAUUCUUUAUUUUGUAUUGAAUUCAAUAAUGAUAUUAAAGGUGAAUCAUUAAACUAUCUAACUAUUUAGAUCGGAUCAAAAUUUGAGAUCAUCCUUGAUAAUCUAUAUGUCGAGAACUGAUAUUUAUUUGCUUAAUUAUCAUUCAUUUUGAAUAAUAGUUCUGUAGUAACCUACUUUAAUUAAGAGAACGCGAUUGGUGGAAACAAUUUGAGGACUAUGUUACUAAUGUUACAGAAAAACAGUCACAAAAAGCUAAACGUAAACACUUGGAAACAUUGCAACACGUAGACGUGACUAAAAAGUUUCCAGAACAUCCAGAAAAGUAUGUAUUUAAUCAUUCUUCUAUUAAACUUUCGCCAGUCCAAAUGCAGGCCUUAUCAUUGGGUCCCAAGUUCUGUAACAGCACCUCCAAAACCAGUAGACUUCAUACGCAAAUACAAUUCGAAAAUCUAUCAAAUCAAACUCAUGAUCUUAUGCCGACAUCUCCACAAAAUCUCCAGCACUUUAAGUCCACAUUACUGGACUGUAGUCAUGGAUUCGUUAAUGCACAUUGUAGUAAGAAUAACCUAUUAACUAAGAACCACUUGGAUCAGCUAAUACUGUUGAAAAGAAAUAAGGAUUUAAUCCUAAGUAAACCUGACAAAGGAGCUGGUGUAGUACUACUUGACCGCAAAGAAUAUUUGGAUAAAAUGAAGUUAAUUCUAGAGGAUGGUACUAAAUUCUCCAAACCUAAAGAAGUUGACAAAACAUUACAAAUGGAAAAACAGCUAACAGAUGUUGUUAAAAAUCUUAAGAAUAAGGGGAUAAUAACCCAAGAUUUAUAUAAUCACAUGCGUCCCAUGGGUUCAGUCAUCCCGCGCUUAUAUGGACUACCGAAAAUACAUAAGCUGGGUUUACCGUUACGACCUAUUUUGGACAUGUCAAGUUCUCCAUACCACAGAAUCGCCAAAUGGUUAGCGGAAAAAUUGGAACCGGUUAGAAGGCAAGUAUGUAAACAUUCUAUUCAUGAUACUUUUCAAUUUAUUGAUCGUAUUAAGGACGUUAAUGCUUCCGAAAAACACAUGUUCUCGCUUGACGUUAAUUCUUUGUUCACUAGCGUACCUUUAACCGAAACAAUAUGUUAUUUAUGUGAGUAUAUUGAUUCUAACAAUAUAGAUCUAGGUUUGCCAACUGAACAUUUGAAAGAAUUAUUGUUACGCUGUACUUUUAAUGUCCAGUUCAGUUUCAAUAAUGAAAUAUAUAGACAAAGGGAUGGGAUCGCAAUGGGGUCUCCAUUGGGUCCAAUUUUAGCAGACUGUUUCAUGGCAAAAGUAGAAAACGACCAACUCCGUUCAAUGAUCAAUCGAUUCCACCUGUACGUGAGAUACAUGGACGACACGUUUGUUGUUUGUGACAAUAAUAUUGAUUUAGAUGAUAUUCUACAUACCUUUAACUCGUGCCACCCUUCCAUAAACUUCACGUUAGAAAGGGAACAAGACCAAUCAAUUCCUUUUCUCGAUGUACGUCUGAUGAGAACGAGUAAUGGUUCUUUAAAAAGAUCCAUCUUUAGAAAGCAAACAUGGAAUGGCCAGCUAACCAACUUCUAUAGCUGGGUUCCGUUAAGUAGGAAGAGAAACCUUAUCCAUUCUUUAUGCCAUCGCAUACAUCACAUAUGCAGUACGGAAUGCAUUAACGAAGAACUCGCAUUCCUGAAGAAGACUUUGACGGAAAAUGGUUACCCAGAACGGUUCAUAGAAAAGAAUAUGAAUAAAAGUAGUCGCGAGAAGAAUUCUAGUUGUUCCGUUCCAAAGAAAAACCUUUAUAUAAGUCUGGAAUUUAAAGGUGACCGAACAUCGGACGGAAUCAAAAACCGUCUAACAACAACUAUUAGGAGAACAUUUAACGCGGCAAAACUGCGAAUAUCCUUCACUAGUAGAAACUUAUUUUCUGUAUCCAUAAAAGAUAAGCUUCCGCGUCUGGUCGCCUCCAUGUGCAUCUACCAGUUCACCUGCUCUUGUGGAGCAAGGUACAUUGGCCGUAGCCAGCGCUCGCUUUCAACUCGGAUACGAGAACAUAUUCCAGCCUGGUUCUAUAAGGGUGAAAGGAAAGCAGUUAGGAGUUCUAUUCUUGAACACCUAAUUGACUAUAACCAUUCAACAGAUCCACAAAUUGAUUUUAAGGUUGUUUAUAUGAUUCGUUCAAAUCUACCCAGAUUUCUUCGUAUACAACUUUUAAAAAUAGCCGAAGCUCUUGCCAUCCAGGAGCUUAAACCAGAACUAUGCGUACAAAAGAAGUACGUCUUAUCGUUAUCGUUACCUUGGCCUUAAGCAUUUUGAUUAUCUUACUAUUAAUGUUAUUAUUAUUAUUAUUAUUAUUAUUAUUAUUAUUAU